AUGUCUUUUCGUCAGAAGAAUCUGCAGUGCUCACCUCAACAAUCCCUUCGGUCCCACAGUGAGAUGCUGGGCCUGGAGACUGCACAGCUCUCCGAGGCCCUGGAGGAGACCCAUCUCUCCUCGCAUCCCCCAAUGCCUGGCAAUUCAAAGGGGGCUCCCGAUGCUGGCAUACCUAGAGCUCCUGACGAUGCUCAGAGUUUCUACUCAUCUUCCACUGCCGUCAGAGCCACCUCAUCAAGCAAAUCAUAUACAGGCUCCAGUAACCAAGAGGAGGAAGAUAGCGCCUUACAGGCUGGGCCAGACCCCAGGAAUGUGCCCAGGAAUGCUCUAGAUAAGAAUGUGGCCUUGUUGGUGAAUUACAUGCUGCUCAAGUAUCAAAGGAGAGAGCCAGUAACCAAGGCAGCUAUGUUGAAGAAGGUCACGAAGGGGUACAAACACCACUUCGUUGAGAUCCUCCAGAGAGCCUCUGAGCGCCUGGAAAUAGUCUUUGGCCUUGAUAUGAAAGAAGUGGAUCCCAUCAACCACUACUAUGGUCUCCUCAUCAAGAUUGGCCUCACCUAUGAUGGGAUGCAGCAUGGUGAAAAGGGCGUGCCCAAGACCGGCAUCCUGAUACUCAUCUUGGGUGUGAUCUUCAUGAAUGGCAACCGUGCCACUGAGGAGAAAAUCUGGGAAUUUCUAAAUUUGUCAGGGCUGUAUCCUGGGAAGAAGCACUUCAUCUUCGGCGAGCCCAGGGAGCUCAUCACCAAAGUAUUUGUGAAGGAAAAAUACCUGCAGUACCAGCAAGUGGCCGACAGUGAUCCUGCGGAAUUUGAAUUUCUGUGGGGCCCGAGAGCCCACGCUGAAACCAGCAAGAUGCAAGUCCUGGAGUUCCUGGCCAAGAUUCAUGAGACUGACCCAAGUUCUUUCCCAUCGCAGUAUGAGGAGGCUUUGCAAGAUGAAGAAGAGAGGGCCCAUGCCAGAAUUUCAGCCAGGGCUGUCUCUACCUCCGUGGCCGCUGCCAGUUUUCACACCAAGCCUAGCAGCGGCUCCCACACUUAG